CUUGUUUCGGUCACGUGACGUGAGCUCGCGAAGAUGGUGGAAGUUUCUUCUUCCGUGAAGUGAAACCCGGAGUGAAACCCAAACAAGCCUCACACCGAGGGCUGGGACUUGGCUUCAGCGGCACCGGCUCGGUUGUACAGCCUCUCUCGGGACCAGGGCCUACAUCCCAGCCCUAUGUCAUGGCUAGUGGAGUCACCAAGUCGGGCACUUCCAAUGGUUACCCUAUGAAGGCACAGCUGCAAAUCAUUGUGCUAUCAGCAAAACUCAAAGAGAACAAGAAAAACUGGUUUGGCCCCAGUCCUUACGUGGAAGUGACAGUCGAAGGCCAGUCCAAAAAAACUGAGAAAUGCAACAACACCCACAGCCCCAAAUGGAAGCAGCCGCUCACUGUGAUUGUGACUCCAUUCAGCAAACUGUCAUUUCGCGUGUGGAGCCACCAGACCCUGAAGUCAGACGUGUUGCUGGGCAUUGCCACGCUGGACAUCAGUGACACGCUCAAAGCUAAUGACAUGAAAAUCUCUGAGGUGGUGCAGACCUUACAGCUGUGUGCAGACAGAGAACAGACAGAUGUGGUGGGAGAUCUGUCUGUCUGCCUCGACGGCAUGACCGUUGACCCCGAGAUGUUCGCCCUGUCCGAGGCUGACCAUCACAGUACAUCAAAUGGGGAAUCACAACCUAACGGGGAUCAUGCCCAAAGGCCGAGUCGAGACAGCUCUCCAGCUGUGGAUGGCGUGGAGCACAGGUCCUCUCCCAGUGCUCGGAGGUCAGUGAGCGCCUCCGGGUCUCCCUUAGUGUCAUCAGGGGGCUCAAAGCCUCUACGACCACCCAGGCCCUCUAGACCUCCUCCUCCGACUCCCCGCAGACCCACCUCUUCACCAGCGUCUUCCAGCAACGGCUCUGCACCACCUGAUGGUAGUGAUGCCCAGUCAGGUUCAGACACACCAGUACGAACACCUGCAUCAGGACCCUCAUUGACCCCAGAAUCCAGUCCAUCGGCAGGCUCAGACAGGAACUCCACACCGGCCUCCAGCGCAGGAGCGACAGCAACCAGACCGCCAACCACCAACCCACCAACCACCAACCCGCCAACCACCAACCCAGUGGUCACACCCAGGGUCCCUGCUGUCAAUACCGGCCCACUGCCCCUGGGGUGGGAACAGAGGGUGGAUCCGAAUGGGAGGAUGUAUUUUGUCGAUCAUGUGGAAAAGAGAACGACGUGGGAACGCCCUGAACCAUUGGCUUCUGGCUGGGAGCGUCGUGUCGACCAGAUGGGGCGAGUCUACUUUGUCGACCACAUCACAAGAACCACCACGUGGCAGCGCCCCACAAUGGAGACGGUGCGGAACUACGAGCAGUGGCAGCACCAGCGCAGCCAGCUGCAGGGUGCCAUGCAGCAGUUCAACCAGAGGUUCAUCUUCGGGCUACAAGAUCAGGUCACAGCCACUCAGAAUAAGGAGUUUGAUCCUCUUGGGCCUCUGCCGCAUGGAUGGGAGAAGAGAACAGACUCCAAUGGCAGAGUUUAUUUUGUACAUCACCCCACACGCUCAACACAGUGGGAGGACCCACGUACACAGGGGUUGCUCAAUGAGAAGCCACUUCCAGAGGGAUGGGAGAUGAGGUUCACCGUCGAUGGCAUUCCCUACUUCGUAGACCACAACAGGAGAUCCACCACCUACAUCGACCCUCGCACUGGAAAGUCCUCACUUGAAAAUGGACCUCAGAUCACAUACGUGCGUGACUUCAAGGCCAAAGUACAGUACUUCAGAUUCUGGUGCCAGCAACUGUCAAUGCCUCAACACAUCAAGAUAACAGUAACCAGAAAAACCCUCUUCGAGGACUCCUUCCAGCAGAUUAUGAGUUUCAACGCUCAGGAUCUACGAAGGAGACUAUGGAUCAUCUUCCCUGGUGAAGAGGGCCUUGAUUAUGGAGGCGUUGCCAGGGAGUGGUUCUUCCUGUUGUCCCACGAGGUCUUGAACCCCAUGUACUGCCUGUUUGAAUACGCCGGUAAAGAUAACUACUGUCUCCAGAUCAACCCCGCCUCCUACAUCAACCCUGACCACCUCAAGUAUUUCAAGUUCAUUGGACGCUUCAUCGCCAUGGCUCUUUUCCAUGGCAAGUUCAUCGACACUGGUUUCUCGCUGCCAUUUUACAAGCGCAUCCUAAACAAGCCAUUGGCCCUGAAAGACCUGGAGUCAGUAGACCCUGAGUUCUACAACUCCCUCAUUUGGAUCAAGGACAACGACAUUGAGGAGUGCGGGCUGGAGAUGUUCUUCUCUGUUGACAAGGAGAUCCUGGGGGAAAUCACCACCCAUGACCUGAAAGAAGGAGGUGGAGACAUGCUGGUCACAGAGGAGAACAAGGAGGAGUACAUCAGGCUGGUAGCAGAGUGGAGGCUGUCCAGAGGAGUGGAGGAGCAGACACAGGCCUUUUUUGAAGGCUUCAAUGAGGUCCUCCCUCAGCAGUACCUGCAGUACUUUGAUGCUAAAGAGUUGGAGGUGAUGCUGUGUGGCAUGCAGGAGAUCGACCUCGCAGACUGGCAACGAAACACCAUCUACAGACAUUACGCUCGCAGUAGCAAACAGAUCGUCUGGUUCUGGCAGUUUAUCAAGGAGAUGGACAAUGAGAAGAGAAUGAGGCUGCUGCAGUUCGUCACCGGUACCUGUCGCCUGCCUGUAGGAGGCUACGCUGACCUUAUGGGAAGCAAUGGUCCUCAGAAGUUCUGUAUCGAGAAGGUGGGAAAAGAAAACUGGCUUCCCAGAAGUCACACGUGCUUUAACAGACUGGACCUGCCGCCCUACAAGAGCUACGAGCAACUAAAGGAGAAGCUGAUGUUCGCCAUCGAGGAGACCGAGGGCUUCGGACAGGAGUGAGAGAACCCAGGAGAGGUUUAAGAGUGGGUGCAGGAGUCUGAAGGAAUAAACGCCACCAGUGUUCAAAUCAGGGAGUCUCUUCAGAGUCGGGGAAGGGUUGUUUUCUGUGUUCAUGCUCAUGCAUGCAUGCACCUGUACGCUACUUGUACGGGUGCAUCAGCAAGACUGCAUGUAGUACCACAGCAGGAUUUGGGAAGUGGCUGUCGACCGUUCACACCACGUUCAUGGCAGAUGUGAAAAUGUUAUAUGUCUUCUAAACCAAAACACAGAAGCUGCUCCUGUCUCUCUGAAUGUGUGGCAGUUUAUGCAUGGGAUCCUGAAAGCCCGACCCCUGCGACACCUGUCUGAUGGGACCGCAGUAGUUUCCCCUUCCACACACGUGAUCAUGUAACGGCAUGCAGUCAAGUUCUCAGAUCUCAUAAGCAGCAACCUGAUUUUUUUCUUUUAAAGUAGCUCGGCUUUAAGACGAAUUUUAAAGCAAAAAUUGUGAGGGUGCACUUCUUCUUUUAAACUGGAUUACGUUUCACCAAAAAGUUAAUUCUGUUGCUCUAAGAUUGUUUGGAUUUUUCCUUCAUGAAUGACAUUUCUCUUCAACCCCUUUAAUCUCUCACAUGUUUAUUUGUAUGUCUCAUGAUUGAAGUGGAUCAUGAUUUUAUAAGAGUGCUCCAAAUUAACACUUAAAUAACAACGUUCGCGCUUCAGAAAUUAUGAGUUGGGAGAGAAACAGAUUUGUGUUCCUGCUUCUACAGUGUUGUAUCUGUGAAUGACUUGAUUGUGAAAAGUGUUGUAACCUCCAUUAUUUAUAGUGGUGGAAGACUUGAGCAGAAUUUAAACUGACCCUAGUUUUAUAGGGCCAGAGGCUGGACCGGGCGAGACGUCCUAGAUUAGAGCGCUCUGGGAGAAUCUUCUAGAUUAUUCAUCUUGAGAUCAGCUGCAGAUAUUUUACACCAUCCUCCCGUUGUGUUCUUGUGAACCAACCAGGGUGAAGAAAGUAUUUUUAGACACAAUGUGAGUUCAAGAUCAGAACAUUAAAGCUUUCCAAAACACAAGUGAAAAACACCAAAUUCAAGUCAAACCAAAUCAAAAUGAACAUUUUGAUUCAUGCUUUACAAGCAGAAACUUCAUGUGGCUCUUCACACACGUGUAGCAUUUGAAGGUUAGUGAUGGAGAUGUUUGCUUAUUUUAACUGUUUGUCUCAUAUCAAACCACAAAAUUAACAGGAGCAAUAAAUGGUAUUUUAAAACCAUUGUCUUCCAAUCUGAGUAUUUUCACAUCUAACAGACAGAAUUCCUCUUAAGUCAAAAAUUAAUAUCUGACACGUGUGAAAUGAUAAGAUUAUGUGGUUAUGCUUUUAUUUUGAUUUUAAUAGUUAAUAGUUUAGGGUUGUCAGUCCUGUUCUUGCGAACGCGAUAUUUCAGGAACUCCCUGAGGGAAUUUCUCACGGUGACCUUGCAAAACGUCUUUUUGGCCUCUUUAACCUGAUAUCGUGAGUCCCCCUUUAAAUAAUUUCUCCAAAUUUCGACGAGUGAUCACUUGGACUCAAAGAUGAUUGGAUUCGACUUCCGUGGUCUAGGUCAUGGGGACCUCAUAUGAGUGAGGAAGAACAAUGUAUGUACACUAAAACUGGAGUGGUUGGUGGAGGGAUACAACCACAGUGGAACAUGUGACGAUUUUUGAUAAAGAUUGUUUCUCAACACCCAACACUGUGUGUACAGAACAGUGUUUAUGAUAUAAUAACUGUGAAUACUGGUUCCUUUUGGCAAACGUUGAACAGCGUCUAUCAACAGUACCAGUGGUGUGCUUGCUCAUUUUGGAGGUUCCUCUUGAAUUAUUUGUUCGACCAAGAACACAGGUUUGGUUACUCUCAGCCUUUAGGACGCUUUAUUUCCACCCUCAGGCAUCACAUGUCUUGUUUUAGCAGCUUGAUGCGAGAUGGUGAUGAUGAACCACUUCAGGUUUAUGGACAAAAAUAAUUGUUCUCAUGAAGAAACUGCACUAGUGAGGAGAAGCUGAUGACGUGACCUGAUUCUCUGGCUUAUCGUGACUUUAUGGACGAUAAUGAAGUCAGAGACAAAGAUGUGAUAUAACGAAUGUAUCCUGAUGAAAAGAUGAUUGGUAAUCUCAUUAACAUUUUUUCUUGCCUCCCCUAACACAGAGUGUUGGUUUAAACUUGUUCUGGGUCGAUGACAUAAUAACAUCCUGAGUAUAUAGUAGUUAAGUGAAUAUGUAAAUAUGAUAAUUCACUUUUUUAUUUAUCUGUUCUGCAGAAUGCUCCAUGCACAACUCAACCACUGUCUCUCUCCUGUAUAUUGAAAACAAGUUGUAAAUGGUGUCAAUAACAACAAUUUCUUUUGUAAAAGAAUGGUUUUAAUAAGAGGUUUACGGUUACUCUAUUUUCUUUUCCCUGUUUAAUUUCUGAUGUACAUGAAAGAUGUGUAAUAUAGAAAUUGUCACCUUAAUAAAUUAAAUCAAAAUAAA